UCGACUUUCACCGAGUGUAACCGAGUGAUGAGGAUCAGCUGACCGUCAGGCACGUUCGUCCUUCGAUGGAUCAUUUCUCAGUUUAGUGAAUCAAAAAUAAAAUCCUUCUUCUGAUCGAUCGAUAAGUUCGAACACAGACAUGCCGUCGCUGCUGUUCUGCGGGCCGAAGAUGGCCGCGUGCGGGAUCGUGAUCAGUAUCUGGGGCGUCAUCAUGCUGGCGAUGUUGGGAAUCUUCUUCAGCGCGAAGUCGGCCGUGCUGAUCGAGGACGUCCCGUUCACCGAGGAGGACAUCCGCGGCGAUCAAAAUCCUCCCGGGAACAUCUACAGUCUCUACAACCAGGUCGGCAUCAACUGCUUCAUCGCCGCAGGGAUCUACGUGGCGGUGGGCGCCGUGUCGCUCUGCCAGGUCCGCCUCAACAAACGGCAGGAGUACAUGGUGACAUAAUCAGCCAGGAUCUGACCUCUGACCCCUCCGAGGACCUGACAUCAGCAGCUGGAGGUCGUUUUCUGUCUAUAAAGUUUACGUUUCUUUUAAACCCGACCGAUCAGCAGCUGAAGUAACCGGAGAGUCGUUUAAAUCUCAUUUCGGGGCGAUGUGACGGUGGUCAGGCGGCACCGGAAUUAUUUAUUUUAAAGAUGAAAUCCUCGAUGUGUUUGUCGUCUGCUGUGAUGUGUGUUGUUGUUGUUGUUGAAUGAAACGUUGCAUCAUUCCUUUGUCAUGAAAACGAAAUGAAAACUGUUGAUUCACUUUAGCUUCAAAACUCCUGAAACAUCACAAUUAUUUCAUCACUGAAUUAGAUUUAAAUUAACAGGAAAAUUAGAAAUGAAAGUAAAUGUUGGAUUUUCUGUCGGCUGACUGAACAUCUUGUCGGCUGGAGGCGACGACACUGUAAACUGAGUCACUCUUUAUUUUGUACCUGUUGAACGAACACGUCAAGGUGUCGACUCCAGAAACAACCUUCAGAAGAAAUACAAAUGUUAACGUGUGUUCAGGCUGUUUGUUAUUAAUGCUGCUGUGGAUCAAACUGAAAGAUGUUUAAUGUUACAAAAAUUAUGGUGGAUGAUCCUUUGCAAUAAAGUUUGUGUGAAUGUAAA